AGUAGUGACCGCGCAUGCGCACAGAGGCGCGGAGCUCCGGUGGCGGCGGCGGCGGCGGCAUGCAGGCGGCCCUGGAGAUCACGGCACGUUACUGCCGUAACGAGAUGGAGCAGUACGGGCAGUGCGUGGCCGCCAGCCCGGCUUCCUGGCAGCACGAUUGUCACCGUCUCCGCCUCAGCAUGUCCCGUUGCGCCGCCGCUCACCCGAUCGUGCAGCAGAUCCGCAAGGACUGCGCGGAGCCGUUCGGCGCCUUCGAGCGGUGUCUGAAGGAGAACCAAGCCUCCGUCACGAACUGCAGCGACCACGUCAACGCCUUCCUGCUCUGCGCUGACCAGGUGAAGCUCUCCACGUGAGGGGAGCCUUGGAAUUAAAAUUCAUCUUCAGGAGUGAAUGAAAAGUCUUUCUGUACUGUGGAGUAUCGUUCCAAUGCUUGGUUGGGUUGUUUUUUCCCCUCUGAAAAACGAAGCGCAGCCCUGCGAUGUGGUUUUCUUGGUCCUGGUUGCACUAUGCUUGUCUCCAGCAGACAGGUGGACUCUGACCGGGAUGUCAGAGCGUUCCUGAUCCGUCGGCACUUGUGUGCUGAUAACGCUGGGUUUUGUCUGCUGAGUUGCCUCUACAAAACUUUAUAAGUAAAUAAAUCACGGAACUGUGUUGAAGCGACACCAAAGGAUCAGCAGCAACUUGCAGAUGUGCUUGAAUAGGAACUGAAAGCUAAAAUCAGCCCUUACCUCUUUUUCUGCCGUCUGUAUUCUCCGACAGUUCCUUUGAUAAUUAAGCACAAUGUUUUCCUUCGUCCCAAUAAAAAAACCCACUUUUCAGGAUCCAAAGCCAGUUCUGGCUUUUCCCACUGAUGAUGGAAGCUGCUCUCUGAGCUGGACCGACUACAGGGACAUUUCUCUGACCGUAAAUGUCCCAGCUUGACCCACUUGGAAACGUCCUGUGCGGCUCGCAGUUUUGGGGGUGCCGUGAGGGGUUGUAGCCCCGGGCCUUCUGCUGGUUUAGAACAGCAGAGGGAGUCUUCCCACCAGCAGAGACGGCAGGAGAAAACUGCGGAUUUCAGAGCACUGACUGCUCUUAUCGACAGCGCAACAGAGAUCUUCCAAUGCAGGGGUGG